AGGCACAUUUGCUCUCACAUCCAUGACCUCUUCACGGGUCUUUUUAGACUACGAUGUCCAACCAACUAAGGAGUAUAUCAGCUGGUUGGGAAGAAAUCCAGAUAUUGCCAAGCAAGUCAAUGCAGAUGUGGUUACAAAAACUGAGACAUUGAAUAUUGGAGAAAUAUUCUCCUACAUGAAGCAGGAAGCUGUGAAGGUAUAAGAAAAUAUAUUUGUUUAUAAUUCAUUGUUUAACAUAUUUGUACUUAUCUUAAUUGCUUACACAUUGUCUCAGGAUGCUUUCUUUGUGUGCACUGCGACAAUCGAUGAUGUUGUCCACGACUCUCCUUGGUAUUAUAUAGCAUGCGGUGGGUGCAAAACAAAGGCAACCAAAGGGCCAACCUCCCUUAUGUGCGUGAAAUGUGGCAAGAACGAUGUUGCCGGUGAACCACAGUACCUAGCUAAGAUUUCUGUUUAUGAUAAGAGUGAUGAGGCUGUUUUUGUUCUCCUUGGCGAUGCCAGUCGUGAGCUAACAGGGAAGCAUGCGUCGGAGUUGGUUAGCAAUCAUUUUGAGGCCAAUGGAAAUAAAGAAAAUGGAUUCGAGGUGCCCGUUCCGCAAGCUCUGCUCAACACCAUAGGGCAAACACACAAGUUCAAUGUAAACACUUUAUCAGGAAGGACGCGGGUAAUAACCGUGACGAAGGUCCUGUCCCCAUCUGCUCCACCAUCUACACAAGAUCCAGUUGCUGAUCAAAUUAGUGGCUCUGGUAAUGGAACACUUGCGACUGGGGAUGACGUUAUUGAGCCAUCCAAAAGCCCUCAAGAUUCUGCAGAGGUAUGGCUGAAAAGGAUGGGUGAUGGUGUUGAGAUAGGCAACGCUAAACGUUCUAAAGAUGGGAACUAAUAUGCCUCUCAUCGUGGCAAAGAAUGCAACUUUUACUACACUUAUCUGUUUUAGUUUUCCAGUUUUUUGGCAUUUGUUUGACUCUUUCUCCUAAUUCUGCUUAUUUCAUACUUUUGAAUCUAUUUUGGAAACAAUUUUUUUUAAAACCUUUCAUAAUA